AUGAUUCAAAAAUUUCUUGCAGACACCCUAAAUAAAAUAUUGGGGAAUUUUAUUUAUGGCCUAAAUGAUGAACAAUAUGGGCUAAGUGACUUAUUAACAGGAAAAUUGGAAUUAACAAAUAUUCAUCUUAAACAGUCUGUUAUAGAUUUAAUUGAUAUACCAUGUAGGUUAAAUUUUGGGUGUAUUGGAUAUUUUAAAGUUAAUUUACCGCUUUUUUAUUUUAUGAAAAAUCCCAUAAAUGUGUAUAUCGAAGACGUCGUUAUAGUUUUAUCAACUAUCCCAUCUAAAUACUUAGAUGACAAGUUAUAUAAAGAAAAAUAUAUAGAAAAUAAAAAAAAUGCACUACUGUCCUCGGAAUAUAGUGCUAUAGUUUGUUCUAUAGAAGGAGGGGUUAUAUGGCAAAUGCUUUUAUCCCUUAUAAAUAAUAUAAAUAUAUCUAUUAAAAAUGUUCAAAUUAGAAUAGAAGAUUUUACAACUGAUCCAUCAAAUUGCUUUGCAUUCGGAAUAAAUAUCGAAGAAUUAUUUUUAAGUUUACCCAAAGAAGGUUUACCAUUUAAAAGAAAUGGAUACUACACAAAAAAAAAUGAAUUAGUUAAUAAUACAAUGAUAAAUAUGAUAAAAGUUAAAAAAUUGGGGGUAUAUAUGGAUAGUUUAGAUAUGAAAAAGGUUAUGAACAAAAAACAUUACACACAAUGGAAUAGUUUACUAUUUAAUAAUUUUAAUACAGCUGAUACAUCGCAUAAAUCUAAUAUCGCUUCCAAAAAAGAAAGAAAAAGGAAAAAAGACACCAAAAAGCAGUAUAACAAAAAAAAGAAAAAUAUAAAAAGUAAUCAAGAAAAUUUGAAUGAUUUUCAAAAUGUUAUAGAUGCUAUAAAACAUAAUUAUUAUAAAAAUUCCAGAAGUGAAUUAAAUAUUAAUAAUAAAUCGAAACCAAACCCAUUAUUUCCUAAAGGGAAUAAUACUGCAUUUGAAUUAUCUCAAAAUAAUAACACACAAAAUAAACAAAAUGGUGAUAUAGUAAAUAAUUCUGAAAAUAAUGAAGAUGAUAAAAAAAAUCCAAACCCCACAUUGCCUAUUAACAGUUUUUAUAACUUCAAUAUUUUUUCAAAAAGUAAAAAUAAAAAAUUUCCACAAAUAGAUAAUUUGAGUAUUGAUAACAAUAUAAGUUGGACUGCAUGUAUCAUAAAUUUUGCUGAUUCUAUUGAGCAUAUUAAGCUUAAGGAUAAAAGGGAAGAAUUGGUGAAAAGCAAAAUCGAUCGAAAAAGGAAUAAGUAUAUGAAUGAUGAAGAUGUAAAUAAAAAGACAACAAGAAAAAAAUUAAAAUGUGAUUCAAUUGAAAAGGAAAACAAUGAUUUCAAUAGCCACUUAAAAUUUAAAGAAUUACAAACCGGUUCAGAUAAUGGAGAAUCCAGUUACAUAAAUAAAACUUUAUCGUUUUUUUCGAUAAAAUCUUCAGAUAGUAAACAUUAUAUAAAAAGUAAUUCGAAAAAAUAUAGUAAUGAUGGUAAAAAUGAUAAAUUAAAUAAUACACAUGAAUGUGGAGAAAGUGAUGGUUAUUAUACUGCUAAAGAAACCACAAAUGACAUCGAAUUUGAUAAUAAUGAAAAACAACGUCUAAAUAAAUAUAAAAAAAGGAUAAUAAAAAAAAUGCAGAAUAAAUACGGUGUGUGUAGUAAUGAAUAUUAUGAUACGGUUGAUAAUUUAAAAACUUUUCGUUACAAUGCUCACAAUUCUUGUCUUUACAAUAACGGGGAUAAUGUUUAUUUAAAUUUUUUUAGUGACCCAGAAAAUAACAUACAAACAAAAAAUCAUAAUAAAAUAAAAUUCAAAGGAUCACCCUCUUAUUAUCGCAGACAUAAUAGUAUGAUAAAUAAUUUUGAAAGAAAUGUAAAAUUGGAAAAUAAGGAAAAGGAAAAAGAGAAAAUUAUAAAACAAGGAAAAUUUAAUAAACACAUAAAAAAAAAUGAAAUAAAAGAAAAAAUAAGAAAAAAAAAGAAGGAAAAAAUUAAUUCAAUUUAUUUAUUACACGAAAAAACAUAUAAAAUAAAUAAAUCAAAGUUAAAUUCUUUUUACUUAUUUUUGCAAUUAAUAAAAAAUAUAAAACAUGAAUAUAUUAUUAAUCCGGAUUCUUUUGAUGGAUACGCUGAAAUAUAUUUAAGUUUAAUUCCUACAGAUCAUGGGCAUUUACCAUUUUCACGAUGUUUUUCUACCUGGGGUAUUCAGAAAAGAAGUGUAAAUGAAUACGACGAAUGCCUACCUAGGUUAAGUGUUUUUUUUACAUUAAAAAAUAUAAAAAUAAUUUUUUCAGAUAAUCAAAUGUCUAAUAUUGUAAAAUGGUUGAAUUAUAGUUUUAUUACAUAUUCUACUUGGAAAACUGGAAUAUUAUCUCAGUUUGAAAAAAGUGAAGCAACAAAUGAAGAAGAAAUUUCAUAUAUAAAUAAUUGGGUAUUAAAACUACUAGACACCCAUUCUUCAAAAGAGGAAAAAAUUGAAGCAGAAAAAUAUUGUGAAGAAUUUGAAAACACCCAUUCUAUUAACAUAAUUAAUUUAUUAAGAAACAAAGCCUUUUGUAAAGUGCAAGCAUUAAAAAAGGAAGUAGAACUAAAAAAAGAAGACUCAACAAAUGAAAUGGAAACUGAUAAUAUAUGUGAAAAUAUUACCGAGAAUGAAACUCUUGGUCAGUAUCUAAACGAAAAAUAUAAUGAGAUAAAUAAUGAUACCAAGAAGGAUGAUCAUGAUAAAGAAAUAAAAAAAGUAGCUAAUGAAAGUAUAAAUUUUUUAAAAAAUUUAAUGAAGAAUCAAAAAGCUUAUAAUAAGAUAAAAAAUUCUUUUAGAGAAAAAGUUUUUACUAUAGACAUAUGUUUAGACAUAUGCAUAAUUAAUAGUACAUUUUUAUUGACAAUAGAAACGUCUAAGAUUGUUAAUACUAGAACAGUUAACUUUGUUAAAACAUAUGCCAUAUUAAUGAACUGUAUACAUUAUCACAAUCAAAUAUCAAAUACCCAUGAGUUAAAAAAUUCUAUAGAUAUAGAACUAUAUCCAUUAACUAUACUUCUUAUAACUAAUAACUUAAAUAACAAAUAUAUAAAACCUGAGAUAAAUGUAUUAUAUAUAUUAACAAGUUCUGAAAAAAAACAUAAUUAUGAAAAACAUCGUAAAAAAUUUCUUUUUGAUAUGGAAAAUUUUGCAUUUUUAAAGAAAUAUAAUAUACUAAAAAGAAAAAAAGCUGACAAUAAUACAAAAACAAUAGAUCAACCUGAUGCUCAAUAUUUUAGUAAUUUUAGGAAAAAAUUUAAAUUUUUAGUAGAAGACAAUUUUUUUUUCUUUCCAAAAAGAGAAAACAAUGCUUAUUGUUCUGAAUUAGAUGAUAUAAUAUUAUCAAACCCAUCUAUAUACUUAAGAUACGAUAAUCAGUCAUAUACAAUAUUAGAAAAACCAGACCAUCGUUUUUUUUUGCAUAAUUGCGCUUAUUCAAUAUUUAAUGUAAAUGCAGAAAUUAUUAAAUCCUUUGUUGAUGAUUAUUUUCAUUUCUUAGAUGAGAAAGAAGUGUUGUCAAAAAAAAAAAACAUAUUUUCUUUUAAAAAAAAAGAAUACUUUUUAGAAUUGGGGGCAAAAUAUUGUAAUAAUAUAUUAGAUAAUUAUACAAAACAUACUAACGUGCUUCUAGAUGUGCAAUUAGAAAAAGUAUUAUCCUUUGUUAUUACAAAAUCUGGAAAAAAUUCUGAAAUUCAAGGAUAUAGUUUAAAUCUUAAACCAUUGACGAUUGUUAGUCAAUUAACACAAAGAUUACCAAAGUAUGAUAAAACAUUAGCAAAAGGGAGUAUUUAUGAUUCAUUCUUUGUUCAAUUUGAUGGUAUACAAUUAAAAAGGGUUUUGAAUUGGGAUAACACUGCAAAAUAUUAUAAUACUUAUUUGGAUAAUCACUUUAUAAAAUCGUAUUACAAAAUAUUUAAUCCCAAAAAUAAUGUUUUACUACCAAACAAUAAUAAUUCCCCAUUAAAUUUCGAUUUCAAAUUAAAACAUUCAAACAAUGGUGGUAAUAACAUGGAUGAUAUAUUAUAUAGCAAAAUUAGGAAUAAUAUGCCAUCCAAAAUAAACAAUUUUAAUCAUGGGUAUGAUAAUUAUUAUCCAGAAGAUAAUCACAAUAUGAACAGUAGAAAUGAUGGGAAUGAGUCUGAAACAUUUAAUCUCAAAGCAGAUGAAACGGACUCAAUUGGUAGUAACUCAUCCAGUAAACAUAACCUCGUAACAAAUCGAAAGAAUAGAAGCAUAAGAUCAUUAAGUUGUCCUGAAUCAAACAGUGGAAAAUUUUCUUUAAUGUCCGAAAAUGAAAAAGAUAAAGUAAUCAAUAGUAAAAAAAUUGCAUCUUAUGAUAUGCAUAAUAAUAGAAGUAAAAAUAAAAAAUGUAAGUUGAAUUUUUUUAAAAGUUGCACUAGUGAUGAACUUGACGAAAAUGGAAAUGAAUUAAUUAUCAAGGAUUCCAUUUUAUAUAAAAAUAAUAAAUUAAUAUCGAGAACCAUUACUAGUUCAUACGAUAUAGACAGUUAUCCACACAUGGAUGACAAUAAUAUUUAUGGUGAUAGUAUACACAGAUUUAAUAAUCACAAAAAAACUAAAAAUUAUGGAAACAUUAAACUAGAAAGUAAAAUAAAAAAUCGUUGCAGCACCAAUAAUAGUUCUAAUUAUGUUUUGUCCAUGAGUGAAAAAACAUCUUGCAUAAUUCAUUUAUGUCAUAUAAAAUUCAAUCCUCUAUAUCCCAUGCUUAUAGUUAAAUUAAAUGAAGAAGACUUGAAUAUAAAUAUUUGUGAUUAUGAUAUAGAAUUUUUUUUCUUAACUUUGUCUAAUAUAUAUGAACAUUAUAAUACACAAGAGUUAUCAUACAAAAAAAAAAAAAUAUUAUUUUUAAAAAAAAAAAUUGAAUCAUUAUCUAAACUGAACACUAAAUAUUAUAAUAAAUAUUUUCCAAUUAAUGACAAUAAUAAACUUUUAAAAAAAAAAAUGUAUUCCAAAAAGAAAACAUCAAAACUAAAUGCUCUUUAUAGCACUAAGAGUGAACAGACAAAAAAAAUUAAAAAUAAACCACAAAACGAAAAAGAUGAUACAUUAGAUAAUAAUGUGGCAAAAUCAAAAUUGGAAACAAAAAAUUCGGAAAGAAAAAAAAAAAUAAAUAAAAGAGAUAAGAAAAAAAUAACUUCUCAGAAUCAUGGCAUGAAAAAAGGAGCAUAUGCUAGACAUUUGAGUGAUACCAACAUUAGAACAACUAAAGAACUAUCAAUAUCUAAACUCCACAGUGGAGGUUUAAUAAAUAUUGACGAACCAGAUAUUUUUUCGAAAUAUAAAUCAUGUAAUAAUGACAAUGAAGAAAAUGAUUCUAUGAAUACAAAAGAAUAUCCCAAUAGUAUUAAUGUGUUAAAAGAAAAUCAAGGAAAAAAUAUAUCACCACAUUUUAAUAUUGAUUCUGAAUUAUAUAAAAAGGGAUUUUUGUCACACACAAAUGAUGAAUACUAUUUAAAACAUAGUAACUAUUCCGACAGUAUUAUAUUUAAUAACAAAAAUAGAAACAAUUUCAAUGAAUUCAAUGACCAAGGUAAAAUAAAAUAUAAUAAAAAAAAUGAACUUAUCAAAACAGGCGAAAUGCAGAACAUAGGUACGAUCAAAAAUAUGAAUACAAAAAUAAUUAAAAAAAAAAAACGAAGAAAAAAUGAAUGGAAAAAAGAAGAAAAAAUAAUAUAUCCAAAUUAUAUCUCAUCUGAUGAUGACUCUUGGGAUGACUUAUUAGAAAAUUAUGAUAGUGAUGAAUCAUUAGAUGAUAAUGAAAAAACUAAUGUACAAAAAAUGUUAAUAGACAUCGAAAAUAUUAAAAAAAAAAUAUUUAAUAAUAAUUUUAUAAUAACUUGCAGUUUUUCAUUUUUAAUUAAGAAAAUAGUUGUGAGAUUAUGGAAAAGGAAAGCACCUUUAAAAGUUCAAGAUAAAUCGAAUAUUUUGAAAGAUAAUAACGGUUGUCAAUUAAACGAAAGAUAUAAUUAUUUAGAAAAUAAAAAUACAUCAAUCAAUCAAAGUGUUAAUAAUUCAAUCAAAUCGAAAUUAGACAAAAAAUAUAUAUCCAAUUUUGACAAUAUUAUAGGAAAACAUGAUAUAAAUAUGAUUAAUAAUAAUGAAUGGGAUAAAGAUAAUUUUAUGGAUAAUCAUGAUUUUAUUACAAUAAAUGAUUGCUUGCAAAAAAAUAUGUUUAAUAAUAUGCAACAUGCUGUUCCAAUGUAUACAUUUAUAUUUUCAGAAUUAUGUUUUAUUGCAAGAGUUGAAAAAGAUAAUUCUAUUUAUGUUUUAUAUUCUAUGAAUAACGUAGAAGUAAGGGAUGAAACAAAUAUUACAUUAUUAAGUAUGAGUUCCAUAUAUCAUGGAAAUACAAAAUCCAUUGAAAAAAACGCAUCGAAUUAUGGACAGAAAAAAAUAGACACGAAAAAAAAAGAAAACAAUAAUAAAACAAAACAUGCCGAUAAAAAUAAAGGUAAAAAUAAAAAUAUAAGUUCAGACACUGUUUUACAAGAUUUUUAUCAAAAAAAAUGUGAUGAUAAUAUAGAAACAGAGGAUAUAUUUUUAGAUUAUUCUAUAAGUAAUAUUGAAUUGCCUGAUUUAAGGAAAACGCAUUUAGUCCUAUUAUAUUUUGGGGUUCUUUUUAAAAAUAAUCAUACAUUCAAAUUCAUAUUAAAUAGAAAUAAAAUAAUGAUUUUUUGGGAAGUUAUAGAUGAAUGCAUGACAUGGAUAAUAAAUAUAAAUGACAUGCUACCAAAAUUGCACACAAUAGAUGAUGAAAUAAUUAAUAGGUUAAAUAAUAGUGAAAUUAAACAUUUAGAAAAUUUACAAAAAUUACAAAAAAUAAAUUAUGAUAUACUAUGUAAUAAAGAAAAUGAUUGUACCCCCUUCUCAUGUAAAAAUUACAAAAUAUUAAUAUAUAGUUUAAUAAACUAUUAUAAUUUAAAAUUUCAAAAUAAUAUAAAUUGCGAAUAUUUAUAUAAUUCAUAUGAAAAUGAUAUCGAGGAUAAUCUACAGUACACAGAUUUGGAUAUCAAACAAGAUGAUUUUUGCAUCUUAACCAAUAAUAACGAUUUUAAAAAUAAUAGUAAUAAUGAAAACGGUGUUAUAUCCAUUGAUGAUACUGAAAAUAUAAAAAAUACAAUAAAAGAUAUAUUAUUUCAUGAAAAUUAUUUUUUUAAUUAUACCUUUAACAAAAUAAAUUCGAGAAAAAAUAUAUAUGCAGUAUUAUGUGAUGACAAUAUAAAAUCCAUAGAUACACACGAGAUAGUAAAAGAUCAAAAAAUAGAAAUCAAUGAAGAAGUUGAAAAUAAAAUUAUAAAUUCGCAAAACUCACGAAAAUAUGAUUUAAGAGAUAGUAUUACUGAUUUAAUUAAAAAUGAUGAAUUGAUUAGAAUCCCCAAUUAUUCAAAUCAAUUACCUAACAGCACUGAUCGAUCUGUAACUUUUGAUGAUUUUAGUAAUGAAAUAAAUUGUAAUAAUUGCUUUCAUUUAGUUAACUUAGGUUAUACUGCAUAUACUAAAGAAUUAUGCAAAGCAAAGGACUACCCAUAUGUUCAUAUAGACAUAGAAAUAAAUUAUUCUGAAUUUUGGAUAUCCUUAGAACCUAUUAGAAUACCCCAAAAAAAAAAACUUUAUCUAUUGGAAAAUGAUACCCCUAACGCAUACUAUUCUUAUAUGAAAAAUAAGAAACAUAAAAAAAAAAGUCAUAAUAAAAGAAAGGACUCAAAAAUUAAGGACAGGCAAAAAACAUAUUCAAAAAGUUACAAAAAGGACACAAUUAGUAACAAUGAGGUGAUAGUAAAUAUUAAUAGCUCAAAAAAUAACACUAAUCAUGAUGAAAAUGGUACUGAAAAACCACAACGAAAGAAAAAAAAUAAAUUAUAUCAAAAAAUAAAAUCCUGCAAAAACGUGAAUAUAGAAAAUCCAUAUGUUUUAGCUACGAAAGGGUGUUUUAAAUCCGUUAUAUUUUUUUUAUUGUAUAAUGAAAAUGAAAAAAAAAUAAAGGAAAACGAAAUAAAUAAUAAUAGAAUAAUAGAAGACAAAAAUGAUAACAAGAAAAGCAUAACUAGCUUAACAACUUAUAAUGCAUGUGCUAAGUCCAAGGAUUUUAGUAGUUUAAAAAGAUCGAAUAAGGAAGAUAACGAAAGAACUAAAUUAAAUCAUAGUAUAAAUGAAAUUUUAAAAUAUUCUAAUUUAAAUAAUGUUAUAAAUGUACAUGAAUUUUAUAAAAAUAAACUAAACGAAUGGGGUAAUGUGAUAUCAUCUUUACUUCCAUGUGUAAUAAAUGUUAAUAUACUUUUUUCACAAAUUACUAGUGUAAUUUCAAAACCUGUGACAAAAAAUCCAUUCUUAAAAGCUUAUAUUGAUUGGAAUAAUGUCCCGUAUAAUAAUAUAAUUUUACAACCAUGCAGAGCAAAAUUUAACUUGGAAAUAAAAGUACCCAGUUUAGAAAUACUAUUAAUGCGAUGUUUAGGAAUUAAUAAAAUAACAAGUUUAAAUUUUCAAAAAAAAGCUAAUUUUUUUUACAAUAAUCAAGUUGAAGGAAUUGAUAUGAACUUUUCUUUUGAACCAAUUGUUUUAAACGUUGAUUCACAUAUGUUGACUUUAUUAAAUCAGUUAUAUAAUAUCGUCAUAGAUUUUUACAACUAUUUUACAAAAAUAUGUUCUAACAAAGAUAUUGAAGAUGAAGACGAAAUAUUCUUUAGAAUUAAUUCACAACAUAGUAAUUAUGAUGAUAGUUUAUCGGAAUAUAUGAUGAAUGAUAUUUAUUAUUCUGAUAUUAGUGACGUCCCUACACACAUUAAUGUAAGUGACCAUUCUUUAUGUGAUAUUCAAUUAUUUUCAAAUAAAAAUAUUUUACAAAGAAAAAAGAAAUCAUAUGAAAAUGAUAAUUCGAACAAACCAUUUGACAAUUUCGAUUUAAAUAAAGCGUCACAAGAAGAAAGGGGAAUUUAUGAAAAUUCAAAAUUUGAAAUAAUUGAAAAAGGCCUAAGUUUUAAUGAGGAACAAAAUUUCGAACCAUUCCCAAAUCAUACUAUGAGAAAAAAUGUUGACAACAAAAACGAAAACAAUAAUAAUAACGAAAAUAAACGAGAGGACGUAAGAAAUGCAUACAAUGUUUUAGAUGAAAAUACAUUUAACAUUCUUAUAAUGAAUUUUAUAGAAAACACAAAAAUAUGUUGCCAAAUAGGAUUUGAUGUAAUAACUUUUCAAAUAUGGGAUUCUAAUACAGCAUAUAAUAGAUGUUCUCUUAAUUUUGUUAUAGAAUAUUUUAAUGCCAAUUUUUGCUCCUUAAAUGAUUAUGAUAUAAAUUUAAAUGGCACUAGUUUAUAUGACGAUGACCUAAAUCAUUUGGAUUUAAAAUAUUGCCUUAAUGAUAGGUCAAAAGAUGAAGAAACAUUUUACAAUAAUGAUGCAGUAUGUAUAAAUAAGAAUAAUAAAACCCAUGUUGCAAAUAGGUGUAUCGAUAAAUGCAAUGAUAAUAACAAUGAUAACAAUAAAUACCCAAUUUUCAAAAGCAAUACACCAGAUUUUAUAGCAGAAAAUGGUAUUCCCCAAGGUGAUGUAUAUAACAAGGAAAAAUAUUCAAUUCAUCAAUAUUAUUCCUCUGACCACCAUUCAAAUAAUAUUAAUGAAAAAAAUACGCAUUUCGAGAAUAUCGCAAUUAAAUGUGAUAAUAAUUCUCAUUCCAUAUUAUCUAAGAAUAAAGAUACCACGCAUACAUUAUAUAAUUUUAACACAUGUAAUGAAUCUGAGAACAAUAAUAAGUCAUUAGACAAGUUACAUGAAAACAGCUUUGAACAUAAUCAUAAUAACGUAACAUUUUCCAACACACUUCAAUUCGAAUCAUCUAAUAAGGCGAAUAAAAAUGUGUAUGAUGAAAUAUCCUUAAGUAAAAAUGUAGAUGAAUAUGCUGAAAAGGAAAAAGAUAAAUACUUAAGUAGUAAUGAUGAAAAUGAGGAAAAACUGGGCAUAUUCAAUAAGAAAAAAUUUUUUAAAAACAUAGAACAUUUUAAUUUUGAAAUAAAAAGGCUAUUUAAAAAAUUUAUUUUUAGAAAAAAGAAUGAUGAAGAUAUGUAUGCAUAUGAAAGAACAAAUUUUGGUCCUCUAAAUGAAAGAAAUAAUAAAUAUGAGAAUAUCAAUAAUAUAUUUUUAAAAAAUAAGUGCACACUAAGAGAUAUGAAAAAAAAUAAUGACAACAAAAUAAAUAAUAAUAUAGAAUGUAAAAUUGAAUUUUUAAUAUAUUGUGAACACUUUAACAAAAAAGAAGAUUCGUAUCAAACUUUUAUUGAACCUGUCUGUACAGAAAUUAUAGCAAUUAAAAAAGAUAUAAUUUCUCCAAUCCAUUUAUAUUAUUAUUUUUCAUGGAUAAAUAUUAAUAUGAAUCUUAAUUUCUUAGAUAACAUUUUAUCAUUAUGUUGUAGUGUAAUUUUUUCUAUAAUAACGCAAAGAACGCGAUUAUUAUUGGGUAGACAUAUGAGUGAUUCAUACUAUCGAAAAAAUAAUAAAAAAAUAACCCACACAGGAAAAUCCGAAAAAAAUGAUAACGCUUCAUCAAAGAAUCCUUAUACUCACGGAAAUUUAUUACAACAAACAGAAUAUGAUGACAACACAACAGAGAAAAAAAAUAUAAGUGAAAUAGAUGAUGCACAUGCGUCAACUAUUUUACGAAAUUUUUAUGAAGAAAUGAAUAAUGGCCAAUAUAAAGAUGCAUCUAUUAUUACAAAUAAAAAUGUACUUUUUAGGUACAAUAAAUUUGAUGUUUUAAAUAGUGUAAAUAAAUCCUUAGAUACAUACAUUUUUGGUGAUUUUAUAUUAGAAAAAUUAUUAAGAAAUUACCAAUAUUCAUGUCAAUAUCCAGGGGAUUAUUUAGAAAAAUAUGAUAAUGGAUUUAAUUUAGAUAAGCCAAAAGAAAAAUCAGAGAAUUUAUUGCAUAUAAAAUUAUUUAAUUAUAUCAAAAAAAAAAAAAUAUCAGAAAUGAGUCAUAUUUGUAAAAUAAAUAAUUUGUUAGGACAACCUAUAGCUAUAUGUACAAUACAUGAACAAGAUUAUUUACCAAGUGAUGGUUAUAGUAGUAUGAACAUUGAAAACAAUAAUUUAGAUAACAUUUCGAAUCAUCAAAACUAUUUAAAUACCCAGACAGUCUUUUUAAGUACUGUAAAUGCAUUAUCAAAAAUUAAACGAUCGGAUUAUUCGUCAACUGUUUUUAACAAUAAUACGAAUAUUGAUAAAAUGAAAUAUGAAGACAAUAGAAUAUUGAAAGAGGUAAAUGAAAAAAAUGACAAAAAAAAAGAGAAAGGGGAAAAAGACAAUAAAUUGGAUAAUUGUGAAAGUACAAUAACAUAUGAUGAAGAUAAAAAAAGAAAAUUAUCUAAAAGCUACAAUAAUAAAAAAGAAAAAUAUCAAAAAAGACAAAAUACAUUAUAUAGUGAAAUUUAUGACCAAUCUGAAAAUGUGAAAAAUAGCAAGAAUUUCAAGAAUAAUCAUAAAAAAUAUACUGAAUCUUUUAAUAAAAAUACAAAUAAAUCCAUAAAAUACCAAUGGAAAAUUUUAGGAAAUAAUGAAUCUCUUGAUUUACCCACAUAUGAAAAUGGUAAAGUGAAGUUUUUCUUAAUUAGAUUUAGGUUACUUAAUUAUAUAUAUGAUAUACCAUCUAAUAUAUUAAAUACUGAAAAUGUAAAUGAAGAUGUUAUAAGAUUAGUAAUACCCGAAAGAGUAUUACCAGCAAAUAUUAAUAAACAAGUUGAACAAGAAUUAUAUAAUGAAGAAUAUUUAGAUAUCGAAAAGAAUUUAUCGUUAAAUGGCAAAUACCAUACUAUAUAUCCAAGUAAUUAUAUACCCAAAAAAAAUACCACGAAUAAAGAAUAUACAUGGAAACCAUUUAAUAUCCCUCAACCUCGAAAUAAUUUAUAUAUAUUUUUUAGAACAAGUAACAAAACUAGUCAUGAAGAAAAAAAUGAAUGUGAUUUUUUUAUAUCUUCAAUAUUAGCUAUUAAAAAUAAUACAGAUUUCCCAAUUUACAUUUAUAAAUCAGUUCCAGGAAAUACUAAUCAAAAUGGAAUUUUUAAAGAAUAUUUUCAUAAAUACAAUAACAUUCCUUCGCCACCACCUACUUAUACACUUAAAAUUGACAAAAAAAUUGAAAAAUAUAUACAAAAUAGUAUAAACGAUGAUAAUUAUAUGAAUAAAAAAAUAAAACCAACAAGUUCAAUUGAUCAAAAUGAUAUUUUACAAGAAGGACGAAAAAAAAAUAUUAAACAAGUAAAAGAAAAUUACCAUAAUGACGCCAAUUUACAUAUGAAUAAUAAGAAGUAUUCUACAAGUAAAAGUGGAGAUAACAAUAGUUUUAUUAAAAAUCAGACUUAUAUGUGCGGAAGAAAAUUCAUUAAAAGUAUAUUUCCAUUAAUGAAAUUGUCUGCUAUAGAACACUACAUAUCUGGAGACAUAAAAUUCAGUUCGUUAGCCCCUUUAAAAUAUAAAAAUCAAAAAACAAAAAUAAGGAACAAAGAAAAAAAAAGGAUAAAAAAUGAACUUAAGAAAAAAUUGAUUAAGCAAAAGAUUAAAGAAAUAUAUAUUAAAAAUAUAAUGAAAAAAAUAAAAAAUAAAAAAAUAAAUAAAUAUCAACAAAUAAAUUCCAAUAACAAAACUCAAGAAUUUCGUAGAAAAUAUACGAUUUUAAAUAGAAACAUUAUGUCUAUAAAUGAUCCUUUUUUCGAUUUUCUAAGACGAUCACCUAAUUCAGUGGAUAUACACAAUCAAAAACUAUCAGAUGAAUCUUUAUCAAUUACAAAUUUAUCUAAUAUUACUUUAUCUUCAUUGCCCAAUUCUAUAUUUUCUUUUGAUACACAGACAAGUGAUAGUUGCAUUUAUGAUAGCUCUCUGUGUGAUUAUGAUAAGGAUGGUUAUGAGGAGCAAGAAUUAUUAAAUGAAUAUUUUAAAAAACAUGAUGAAAAUAAAAAUGGAUUAGACAUAAUCGAAAUAUCCAAUAAUACUAAUAAAUUAAUUCCUGUACCAUUAUAUUGGCUAGUAGCAGAAAAUGCAUUUAUUUGGUUAUCAAUAAAAAACGAAAAAAUACAUAAUACGAAUUUGUAUACUUUUUUAGACGAAGAAUAUAAUGCUGAUUAUAUAUGUACAAAAAAUACACUUGAUAAUAUUCUAAAUUACCAAUCCCCAUUUUUACCCAAUGCAUUAAAAUUAUUUAAACCAAAUUUAAUUAGACUAAAAAAUCAUUUAUUAGAUGAAAAUGAUAUAUUAACAAAAAGUAAUAUAAAUAAAAAUGAUAAUAAUAAUCGUAAUAGCAUCAAAAAAAGUGUUCAUAAUGAAAUAAGUCAAAAUUACAUUAAUAUUAACAAUAAAAAUAAGGUUAAUUCUAUUGAAAAUUAUAACUUAAAUUAUUUUAAUUUAAAAGACCUCUAUUUUACUGCAACCAUCAUUAGUGUAUAUAAUCCAAAUUAUGUAUUAAAUAAAAAAGAUGCUCAUAACUUUUAUCAAAUUAAUAUUGACCAUUCUUUAAUGAUUAACAAUGGAUUACCAAGAACUAUGCAUUUUAAAUAUGAAAUAUACCGCAGUAAACUUAAAAAGGACGUUAAAAAAAGGAUAAAUUCAUAUUCAAGUUAUUAUUCUACAGACAAAUCAAUUGAAUAUCAAAGUUCAACUACCAUUGAUAAUUCUUUCUCAUUAGAAAGUAUAAAUAAAAAGCACAGUAAUGAAAAUCCUAUAAAUACUGCUUUAAAUAAUACACUUGAUAAUCUAGAGAAUCAAAUUGGUAUAAACAGUAAAAAAUCUUCGUUUAACAGAGAUUUGAAUGCUAUAAAAACUUUAACCACAAGGAAAGGAAUGGAUGAUUUACAUAAUGAUGAAACGCAAAAGAGAAAAGAAAGUGAAGAAAAAAAACAAUUUGCUAUUUCUAUUGCCAAAUUUAAUGAGCGUCUAUGGAAUGAAAACAAUAAACCAGACCAUGUAAAGUAUGAAGACGGAAUUCAUCCUAAAAAUAGUGCAACUAGUAUGAUGAAUGAUAAUAAAUUAUUCAUUAAAGAAAUUACGAAUAAAAAAAAUGUUUAUAUAUAUAAAAAUAUAAAUGAAGAAAAUGAACAAAGAAAUUCAUUAUUGCAAAAAAAUCGUUUCAUUGUUAAUAUACAAAAUGAAAUCGAUAAAGAUAUUUAUGAAAUUAAAAUUAAUCCAGGACAAAGUAUAAGACUUCCAUUUAUUCCUACUACUGCUAAUAUAUCCUUUGACGGAUAUUAUUCAUACCCCAUUUCAAUUAAUUAUCCUAAUAAAAAAGGUCGAGAAAAAAUCAUUUUAGAAAAAUCAAUAACACAUGACAUCGACUCGUUUUUGACCCUUGAUUGUGAAGAAUCCACUAUCGCAAAUAAAAAUGAAUUGACCAAAAAUCAUAAUAUAAAAUUCAUAAAUACUACUAAUAAUAAUGAUGCUCUUAGUAUUGCUAUUAAUGGGCAGAAAUGUGGUGUCGAGCAUAGUGAACACAAAAAUACAAUAGUAACAAAAAUGAAUGUUUUAAGUUCACCAAAAACAUCAAUUGGAAUAAAUCCAGAUAAUGCACAAGCAUCCAUUGAUUCAUUAAUAGAUGACAAAAAUAUUUUGGAUAAAUAUGUGGAUCAUAAUAAAAAAUCAAAAUAUGACGAAUAUCAAGAUAAGCUAACUAUAUGGGCAAUUUUUAAUGACUUUUAUGAAACGACAAAAAAUAGAUAUCAAGAUAUAUCUUUGAAAAAAAUACAUCAUGGGACACAUAUACUAUCAUGCACAUUUUUCGUUUCGGCUUGUGUCAUAAAUCGAUUAAACUAUCCUAUUAAAAUAAAAAGUUUAAGUAAUAAUAAUGAAAUUGUUAUUGAGCCAUACGUUAGAAAAUUAUUAUCAUGUGAAUAUUCUUCGUAUCGAAACAAAGUAGUUAUACCACUUGAAACAUUAAAAGACGUGGAAAAUUUGAUGAAUUACCCACUAAAAAAACACAUGAUUAAAAAAAAACAAUUGAAAAAAACAAAAAAUAGCCUUGAUAAAACAAAUAGGAAAUCAAUAACUACAGUUUCUGGUAUUGAUCAUAACAUUGACAAAUGCAAAGAUAGUAAUACAAAUAAUAGCAAUAGUAAUGACGCAACUAAUUCAGAAAAUAAGGACAUAAACAGUGGAAGCAAUCGCAUAUCUGAUGAAAUUACACAAUCUAACGAUUCGGCAAUCAAUGAACAGGCCCCCAAUGCGCAUUAUGGCACAAAAAAUGAAGAAUUAAAAAAUAAUAACGAAAUAAACCGCGAAAACGAUUGUGAACAAAAUAAUAUAGAAAAACAAAAAGAACACGAGAAAGAAAGUAUUUUUAUUGACGUCAAAAAAAAUAAAAACCGAAAUUGUUUUUUUUACCGAAGUAAUAUUAAUAAACCAUUAGAAUCAAAAAGUUUCAAACUAACAGACUUAUCAGUAACUAGAUUGGAAUGUAAUAAUAGAAAUAAAAACAUUCCACAAUUAAAAUACAGUAUUUACAUGUCUAUUGCACCCAUGCCUUUUUUCAGAACAACCGUAAUGGAGAUAUUACCUUCCAUUGUUAUUAUAAAUAAUACAAAAACAAAUAUAAUUUUUCAAGAAUAUAUAAAAAAUUAUACCUAUUUUAAAUAUAAUAUAAUAGAACCAGAGAAACACGUAGAAUUUCAUCCACAAUCAAAAAAAAAAGCACUGCUAAAAAUAUGUGGAGUAUUCGAUAAUGGAAUUAAUUAUAUAAUAGACGAUUUUUUACAAAAAGAAUUAUAUUUAGAAAGAUUAAAAAAACAGAAUAAAACUAUACUAAAUCCAAUAAAAGAAAAUGGUAGUGAUACUUCUAAUAAAAAUGCACAACAUAAAAAAAAUGACAAAGAUAUUGGAAAUAAUGAUAUAUUAAAUUUACCACAAAAACUAAGUGUAUUAAUUGAUAUGGGAAAAUAUAAUGAAGUAGAAAAAAAUGAUAAUACUGUAAAAUAUCAUGAUAUUAUUCGAAAUAAUGAUAAAUAUAAUAGAAUAAAUAAGCAUGAUAAUGCCAUUUUGAAUAAUAUGAAUAAUAAUUAUUUACCAAAAAAUAGUUUUAAUAAUACUGAUACAAAUAGUGAAGUAGAUCCAAUUUCACGCCGAAACACAUUUAAACAGAAUAAUAUUAGUGCAAAAAAAUCAAAAAAAAUUGAUGACUUAAAAUUUUUAUCUUGGUCAGAAUCUCUUGAUUUAACAAGAGUAGGCGUAGUUUAUUUUCGUUAUCCUGUAGUAUCAUAUAACAAUUUUAAAAAAGAAGAAAUGAAACUAAAAAUGUUUAAUUAUUUAUUAAAAAAUGAUGACAAAAACAAUGAUAACUAUUUAAAAAUAUCCAACAAAUUGAUCAAAUAUAAAGACAUACCAUAUGAAUAUUCAUGUUGCUCAAUGGAAGUAACAACUUUUAAAGGAUGCAAAUUUAUUCGUUUUCAAGAUAUUGAUGUUGUUCCAUAUUAUUUAAUAAACUUAACUAAAUAUAAUUUAAAUUUAAGACAAAUCGGUAUUUUCGAACAUUCAGAAAUGUUACCCAAAAUCCCGAAAAAGGAGCAAAAAAUGUUCGAUGAAAUUUUUAAAAAUUAUGCACUUAAUUUUUCUUUUUACAACCCAUAUAAAGAAACGAAAUUGAAAAUAAGUAUAUUAUCAUCUCGUACAAAAAAAAACAAAAAUAAAGGGGGAAAAAGAAAAAAUCGAAAAAAAGGCAAGAAAAAAAAAGACAACGAAAUUAAUAAACUCACAGGGUAUUCAAAUGAUAAAUAUGCAAAUUUAAAAUAUGUAAAAAAAUUGAAAAACCAUUUAGCAAAUAAAAUAAAUUAUUUAAAUUUCCUUUCUACUAAUUAUGUGAAGUCUAAUGAAAAUGCUAAAAUCAUAAAUGAUCAAAUUUUUAAAUUAAAACUGUUUUCAAAACAGAUUGAAAAAUUAAAUGAUGGGAAUAUGGAUAUAGUUGACCUAGAAAGCUCGAAUAGUAUCACAUUAUUAAAUCUAAAAUUAGGAGACACAUUUAUAUAUAUAUCUUGUACUAAAAAGACUUAUAAUGGAAAAACAAUUUUAUAUUUUGAGAAUUAUAAUGACCUAAUAAAUAACCUUUUAAAUUUUAGUAUCACACCAUUUAAUAACAAUUAUAAUCAUAAUUUAAUAAAAUCAUAUAAAUUUAUUAGGAAUAAAAUAAAUAAUAUAUAUCUAAAAGGAAAGAAUAAAAAAUCGAAUAAAUAUCAUUCAAUGAAGUCUAAAAAUAUGUUAAGUUUAAAAAGUCAAAAAAAAGGAAACUCCAAAUUUAGAUAUUUACUUAAUUUAUUUCAUAAACACGGAAACAAUAAUUUGUACAAAAAAGAAACAAAUAUACACAUUAGUAAUACUAUUACAUAUUUAAAUUCAAACAAAGCUAAUCAAACAUUAGAUAAACCGCAGCAUAUGACAUUAAAUUUGAAUGUCUUUGCACAUUUUAUAUUUAAAGGAUUAGGAUUAAGUAUUAGCAAUCAUAAUUUAGAGGAAAUAUUAUAUUUAUCUAUGGAAUAUAUUUUAAUAGUUUAUAAACAAAUAAGUGAAAAUGACUUAUUGCAUAUAAAUGUUGGAUGGUUGCAAAUCGAUAACCAUACAAAAAAUAGCGAUUAUAAAAAUGUCAUGUUACCAAUACCAGAUUUACAGAAAUCGGAAAAAAAUAAAGAAAAUAAAAAUGAGCAAGCUACAAAUUUAGAGUAUAACGCUAGUAUAAGUAUUAUUGAUAAACUGAAAAAAAAUAAUGACAAUAAUAAAACAGAAAUAUAUGAAAAUGAAAAAUGUAAUAGUAAGCUAAACACAUCAUAUAUUUAUUAUAUGAGCAAUAGUAACAAAAAUUUUUCAAAAAGCUAUUCUUAUAAUAUAUUAAAUAACUUAUAUGAUGGUAAAGACGGAAAAAAUAACAAACAUAACGAUGAUGGUAAUUUAUAUUUUGAUGAAAGCCGUCUAUUAAUUAGUACUAAUAAAAAUAGCCCUUUAUAUAAUUCUUAUAAGACUUAUAUACCAUCGUUUUUUUACAUUGAAUAUAAUUCUAUACUUAGUAUUACAAUUAUUAAAAAGGGAAAAGGAAAUAUGAAAAACUUUCUUGAGUUAUCAGAAAUAAAGGUAAAAUUAUCACCUAUGAGUAUAAAUAUUGAUUCUUAUUUUAUUAUUGAAAUGCUAAAAAUAUUUGAUGAAUUUUUAAAAAUAUUAGACUAUGAUUUAAAUGAUUAUAAUUCUCUUAAUGUCGAAAAAAAUAUAGAAAUACAAGAUACAAAUUUUGAUUGCUCAGAAUACAAAAAAAAUAUUGGUCCAUUGGAAGAAUUGAUCAAGCAUUUCAUAUCAAAAGAUUAUUAUUUAUAUGAAAAACUAGCUAGCAUUAAAUUUAAGGAUGGAUAUAAAAAUAUACACGAUAAAAAAAAUAAUGGAACAAACUUACUUCAUUAUAAUAUGAACAAUAAUGUAAUAGAUAUUCGAACACAUUUAACCAUGGCUAGCCAAUACAAAGAAUUAGAAAAAACACAUACCAGUGUCGAUGAUACAGAAUUUAAAUAUAAGGCAAACUCAAAUGACAUGUUAACCAAAUCGGUGUGUGAUGAUACAAAAAGGGAUUCAAUUUUAGAGAAUGAUAGUAUUUAUUCGAUUGGAUAUGAAGAUAAAAAUAGGAGAGUAACCAUAAAUAUAGAUAGACAAAGUGAUGAAUGGAAUAAAAAUUCAGUUGUAAAUGUAGAGAACGAUAUUGAAAAGGGUAUUCAACAAAAUGAUAAAGACAAAUUUGAAUUGUUUGAAAAUCCUCAAAAGAGCAAAGAAUCACAAAACAAAAUAGAUAACUUUGAUCAAACCAUGCUACUAAAUGAAGAAAAGGUAAAUUAUUUACAGGAAUACAUGAAAAAUUACAAAACAACUUUAAAUAAUAGAAAAAAUAUUUUAAAAAUAAUCCAGAAUAAUAACAUGAAGAAUGAUUUAAUAAAUUUUGAAAAUAUAUUUAUAUCAAAAUUAGAAAUAAAUGAAAUAAAAUUAAUAAUAAAUAUAAAGAACAAAAGUUUAAGUUAUGAAAAAAAAAGUGAAAUAAUGGAUUCCAAUAUAAUGAAUGCAUUAACUUUGUUAAUUAUGAAUAUACCAAAUAUUAGUGAUGCAAAUUUAUAUUUUGAAAAAGAAACAAAAAAAAAUAUGUGCGGAUCUUUAUAUGCUUUAAUGUUUAACGAAAUUAUGAACGAUUAUAUAAAUAAUGGAAUGAAUCAAAGAUUUAAUGUUUUAGGUGCAAUAGAUUUUAUAGGAAAUCCAUUAAGUAUUUAUAAGCAUUGGAAAAAGGGUUAUCAGAAAUUUAUUAACGAUUUAAAAAAAAGUGUUGAUACAUGUUCUUUCCCAUUAUUAUUUUGUAUACUUUUAUUAAAUAUAAUAGGAAGUUUUGGGAAAAGUAUAUUAGCAGGUAUAUUAGAAGGUGUAAGUCGAUUUUGUGCCAGUUGGAAUACUUGUUUUGAAAGAUUUUCAAGAAAUUCUGAUAAUUUUAGUGUAGUAACUAAUAGUAAUUUAUUUCAAAAUGAGAUAUUAGAUCAACCAUCAAAUAUUGGAGAAGGGGUAUAUUAUGGUUGCCACUCUUUUUUACACAUUUUAGCAAUUAGUUUUUUUAAUGUCAUUUAUAAACCAUAUAUAGCAUUAAAAAAAAGAAAUAGAGGGUUUAGGAAGAAUGAAAAAAAAGGGAAACUAAAAAUAUUUAUUACAAAUUUAAAAUUAUUACUAUUUGCAUUAUUUAGUUCUUUUAGCAGUUUAUUUUUUGGGUUUUUUAAUAGUAUUCUUUCAUUUUUUACGUUUUUAUCUAUUGGCACACUAAAUCAAAUACAAACCUUACCAAUGAAAUCGAUUGUCAGACCACCAAAAAUGAGUGUCAUAAAAGAAUAUGCAAAAUUUGUUAAUUAUGAAUAUCCACUAUCAUUUUCAAGCCAUAUUAUAAAUGAAAAAAAAAAAAAAAAAAAAGAUUUAUUAAAAAAAAAUGUUAUAGCUAUUAUACUUUUAUACAAAAUGAAAAAUAAUAACUACAAUACAAUUAAAAACUUCUUAUGGGUCAAUAAUAGAGAAAUUGGAUAUUGCGAAAAGGAUAAAUUGUUAUGGUCAAUAUUUAUUAAUUGCAUUAUUAAGGUAGAUAUUUUAUUAAUUCAACUAGACAAUGUAGAAAUGAAAAAAUGUGCAUCUAAAAACCCUGAAAAUUGUAAUGAAAAACAAGGUGAACAAAAUGGAGAUUACGUUGAAUCAAACAAAGAUAAAAAUUAUGAACAAAAUAAAGAAGACAUCCCGAAAAAAAUAAAAGAAUCAAAUAAUGAUAAUAAUAAAAAAAACAAUGAAAAUAGUAAAUGGACGAUUCUACAAAAUUUAUUUACUCCAAAACAUUAUAGACAACUUUUGGAAUUCACACCAUCCUAUUAUAUAAGAAUAUUAUAUAAAUCUCCAUAUAAAGAAAACAAAUCAUAUGAUAGAAAUAAAAUUAUUAAUUAUGGCCUUAACAAAAAAAAUGAUAUUAGUUGUAAAAUUAAAAAGACCUUUAAAAAAAAUAAAUACGAAAAAUAUUUUGAGGAGACACUUAAAAAGGAACAUAUGUUAUACGAGAAAAAUUACGAAAAUAAUGAACGUGAUAAUAGUAUCGAUAAUGAAGAAAAAUGUACAAACUAUAAACAAUAUAAUAAUGGAAAUGCAAAAAUUUAUAGUUCUAAUAAAAAUAAUAAUUAUCUUAACCAAACAAGUUAUUCAGACGAUAAUGAUAAUAAAAGGAAUAUAACUUUCACAUUGCAAACAGGAGGCAUUCCAAAUGAAAAAAAUAAAAAUAACAAAGAUACUUAUCAACAUCAUCAGGAAAAACAUAAAAAACAUAAAAAGCAUCAAAUUAAAAAAAGAAAAAAACAAAAAUAUUUAUAUAUUUCAAAAUUAGUAAAAUGCGAAUCUAAGGAAGUAGCUCUUCAUGCUUUUUCUCUUCUUCUUUCUUUUAUUAAACACAAAUCACCUUACUAUUUAAACACAAGGCAUUAG